UCAGUGCUUCCUACUUUCGUUCUCCGUCGCGUAGGAGGCUCUUGUUAACACCUGAAGAAUCGCCAGCAGCUGUUUGUGUUACGCUAAGGAAAUGGCAAGAGUGUUUGUUUGCUCUUUUCUAUCACUAUGUGUGACAGUCGUAUAUAUGUCAGCGAGCACAUCGGCGGCAACCCAGUUCCCGUUGCUGAUGCCUCACGUCCGACCUACGCAGAAUGAAACGUACCUCUGUACAGCGUUCCACAUAACACCGAACAAGCAUAAGUAUGUGGUGGCAUUCAAGCCAAAUGCAACAAUGCACGUGGCCCACCACAUACUUAUCUAUGGCUGUCAGGAACCAGGCUACCGUGAGCAGGAUUCUCCACGUGCGGUGUGGGACUGCGGAGAGAUGAGCAAGUCCAACUCGGAGUUCUUUCGAGGGCCGACCUGUGCUCGAGGACCUCAGAUCAUAUAUGCAUGGGCCCGAGAUGCUCCGCCUCUUUCAUUACCAGAAGGUGUGGGCUUCAAGAUUGGUGGAGAUAGUGGUAUCAAGUACUUGGUGCUUCAAGUGCAUUACGCCGACACUACCUCAUUUCUGGAUCGAAGAAAGACGGACAUGUCUGGUAUUGUCCUCUCUGUGUUGCCUGGGGACACACAGCUCGUUAAACGACGAGCUGGUAUUUACCUUUUGGGAACAGGAGGCAUGAUUCCUUCGCACAAAACAGAACACUUCGAGACUGCCUGUCUCAUCGAUGAGAACUUGACGCUGUAUCCAUUUGCGUUCAGGACUCAUACACACAAGCUUGGCAAGGCUGUCUCUGGUUAUGUUGUUAGAAAUGGACGGUGGAUGAACAUUGGGAAGCACGACCCAUUGCAGCCGCAGAUGUUCUACCCUGCAAACAAGGGCAUCAAAGUCACCAAGGGCGACAUCUUGGCUGCCCGCUGCACAAUGUACAACUUCAGGAAUAGGCCCACCUAUGUUGGCUCUACAGGCAACGAUGAAAUGUGCAACUUCUACAUGAUGUACUACGUGGAUGGUGACAGGAUCCUUGACAAAAAGGACUGCUUUUCCUACGGGCCACCGGUCUACUACUGGGGCCGUGAUCCUCUUCUCGCUGACUCACUUACUACCCAGAUUGACAGGGAUGCGAGCACUCUCAACUAACUUUUACUCACAUCCUGGCAUGAGUCACUGACCUUUCUGUGUGACCGGUCUUCUUGACUCCCAUUUUUCUCCCAGCGAUUUGCUGACUCCCUGACCAUCAUUUCGUAACUCCCACUUUGACUCCAGCAGCACUUAAGCUGGCAGCAGUUAGAAAUGGCUGGUUUGAAGGGUCUCAACUGUGAGAACGAAUCUGCACGGUCGCGUCAUCACUGACCCUGGCAGCUUAGUGGCUUGGUGUUUGCCCAACUUUCAAUGCUCGAGAUAGAUCAGUGUGCUUGUGUUGCAAGAGAUUUGCUUGUUGUCUUAACUUUCUUCUAUGGCAUUGAUGAUCUUACUUGAUAGGAAACCUGGACCAGUAUGUUCCCGAAAUCCACCAAUUGAAGAGCAAAUCAUGCUCUUGACUGAAAAUUCAAUCUACAUUCCAUAGUUAACAUUCUCAUAAUUGAGCAUGCUCAGUAUAAUAUAUAUAGAGGAAGUGGAAUCAAGGUUCCUAAUCAUAUUGUUAUUACACUAAUUACUGGAGAACGUUUUUAAAGAUUGGUGACUGCUGCAGCUUGUGACUGCAUUGUUUUUUUCAAGUCUGGGUUUUUCGCAUGUCUUGCAAGGUGUCUGAGUGUACUCAAACACAACAAACAUUUUUUGUUAAUUUAAGCAUUCUUCAUUAUUUGUAUCACUCAUUCUCGUGCUCGUUUUCACUGUACUGUCAUCUGUUACUUUCCACUACAAGUCCUUGUAUAUGAGUGAAUGCAGAGAUAAGGCACAUGCCUGUCUUGGUACCUCUUGAUGUUCUUAUUGACAUUUUUUGUCUGUUGUUUUCAAUACCAUGAAAAGUAUUUCUAUAGCCCACUGCGGUAGUUGAGUGGCUAUGUUGUCGAACUGCUGAGCAAGAUGUGCUUUCGAUCCCUACAGUGGCAACCGCAUUUGGUGGGGUGAAAUGCAAAAACACAUGUUCUUUGAUUGACAUGCUAACAUGUUAAACAACCUUGGGUAGUCAUAUUCAAUGUAGCAUCCCCGCUUAGGCACUACCUCAUAAUCAGGUUAUGGGUUUUGAAGUACUUUUUUCUAAAAGACUGCUAUCAUUUAGUUGCACAAAUAUAUUUUCAAAGUGCCUCUCUCAAAUAGAAAUGUUGAAAAAAAGAGCAGACUCUGCAAAUUGAAAAGGGCCGGUGAGCAUAGUAAAGCCAACGUGUUCCAUCCAAAUUUGAAAUCGGGAAAAAUGAAUGAGAAAUAAAUUGGAUCAAAACCGAUUUGCAUGCAAAAAAUUUUCACUGUGACAUGUAACUGAUCUAUUUUUCCUGUUUCAGCAUUUCGUACAGCCUUAUGUUCUUUCCUUUCAUUCACCCUAGCCUCUGUAACUGUAAUGAGAUACCUCAGAAUCUGUGCUGCUUGAACACACUAGCGUGAAUAUGCGAGUGUCGCGCCAUUGGCAUUAAGAGCUGCCACGGUUGUUCAGUCUUCCCAGCUUAUGCCAAGGCACUCGCUCCAAGGCACAUUUUUGGUGGGUCAUGCCAAUUUACACCGCAGUAGGCAAAGGAUUACGUCAGUCCCAUAAGCCUGAGCAAGCCAAACCAGUUCUUAAGGAAGUCUCCCCAUCAAUCUGUAUCUGGCCGGGUCGCCUCACUUAUACGGAGAAUAUACAUAGCAGAAAGGGCGAGGGAAACCAUCCUGAUUGGUCUCUUCAAAAAGCGCCACAUGGUUUGCCGCGUAAAAUGGCACACGAACCCAUUCCUCUUGCGGCUCAAAAAUUCUGCCACACAGCAGCUUAGAGAGCUUGUGUUCUGCCACCAGUGGCAUGCCAUGCAUGCUUUGUGUUCAGGCCUUGCCAGGCUCAUUUCUUUUUCACCUGAAAAAAUCCAGUCCAUGUUUGUUGUAAGACAUAUACCAAAGCAGGAAUAUAGUACUUUGACGUAGGUUCUUUUGCACCGAUCACUUCUAAACCUCUGAUUCUCCUAUGAACCACCUUGUUCUCCUUUGCAGUGAAUAUUUCCUUGCAUUUUUGAAGCUCUGUUUUUAUCAGCCUGUCAAUGUGUGUGUGCAGUUGCCAUUGAAUUUUAUACAAUGCUUCAGUGCAGUAAGCUGGCUCUGAAUAAGAUCUGUGCGCAAAAAUAGAAAAAAGUAUGUAUUUCCACCUUGAUGAAUUUCAUGUUUAGCCUUGAUUGCUCUGAGAGGCAGCUCAGGGAAACAGUCAUGAAUAGCAUCAUUAUCCAAGGAUUCUUGAAAUGGAGCCACUUAGGCGUCUAUUCUAACCAGUUACCCCAAUUUCUUGCACAACCAUGUCAUAGUGGACUGUUACUAAUUUUACUACUGACAGAAGCUGUAUCUUAAGAGAGACUGAAGAGGCAGGUGAUUUAGUUAAACAUUAAUUGCUAAUGCAGGCGAUACGCUGUACUUAGCCACUGCAAAAAUAACAACUUGGAGGAAUGAAAUUUAAACAUGGCUAUCUAAAGUAUUAUGCGAUUCGAUCGUGCCACGUGUCUACAUGAGGAAUGCACACCCAGCUGCAGAACUUCGCACUUUUGAGGAAGACUAAGAUCUUGGCACAUCAUUGGGAUGUUUAUGCUUUCAUGCGUCUUUCAUUUCGCUAACCAAAACACACGCAGCAAUCAAAAUACUGGUAAUCUCUACAGUUAGAAUCUUUGUUGGAGCCCUGUUGAAAUACUUUAUUCACGAACAUAUGUUGUGCAGUUACUUUUUAUGCUCUUUAUUGCAUGCUGUUUUAUGCUUAUUUAUGUGCUAGUCAUUGAAUGAACUCUAAACUACAGUACUUAACUGGCAUUGAAGUAGUGUACAGUCUUUGUCGAAAGUAUGCAAGCUAUGUUGCUUGCGACUAGCAUUGCCCUCUGCAAACUGUAGAAAGUUUUCAAGGCAUGCCAAAAGUCCCAACAUCCCAAAGACUGGAAUGUAUUGUCAUGCUUGCUGUCAAAAGUUCUGAAAUGUUGGGCACACACCGGUCAUUUACAUGUAGGUGUCGAGUAGCCCGUGUGGUGCUUUUGACAAAGGCUGUACAUGCCGAGAUCGUUGUUGAUUUUAUUAUCUUGACACCAUAGCUAUGUAGCCUGUUGCAAUGCUGAAUGGCAAUGCUGAUGACUUAGUCUGCAUUGUUUUUAAGUUUUUCAAAAUCCUGAAGUUCACUAAGGAGCGUCUAGAUGGAGAGGAGAGAAAUGAAGAUGUUUACUAUGAUACACUGCUAAUUAGCUGGCAACAGUCAGUGUUAUAGCUAUUCUGCAAAUUUAUUGUGCAUUUGGCUGGAUACCACUGUGCUCUCACUCGGAGUGCAACACUGUGGAGCCUGCUCUCGAUAAAAACGGGAGAAUACGCAGUGCAGCCGCUUGCUAGAGUAUUUGAAGGCCGGGACAGGAAGUACAUUACUGCAUUUCCUCUUGCGAAGAAACAAGACUUGCUGGAGCAACUGACAUAAUGCCAGAAUAAAAACAGCUGGUGUCACCUGAUCAGAUCUUGUUCGCACUCUCAGUUUGAACACAGUGCUCUGAAAGAGCUAAUCGAACAUAUUUAGAGAGCUUAAUCUCAACCAGACGCAUGUGAUGCAUGUACUUCACUAGAGUUCUCAGGAGCUACUGAAAAGAACAAGCCGCAUGUACAGCAAGCUGUAACUAGCCUUUCUAAGUCUCGGAGUAGCACCUAUUCUCUGUAGCAACUCCUAUUGCUCGAUUGAAUGAAUAGAUGGUGUAAUUAUGCGAGGUUCUGAAUCAUUGAUCUAAGUUCGCAGUUUAGCCAAAAAUAAAGAUGGACAAACUGGCUCACCAAGCAGUUUGAAGCUGGUAGUAAUGCAGUUACCAUAUUGUUCCUGUGAUCUUUAUAAUUGUGUGCCUGUUAUGUCUAGUACACGACGGUAAAUACAUUCCAAUAAUGUUCACGAUUCAACUAUAUAUGUGUUACAAAUGUCCCUUCUUCCUGUUUACAAACACUACUAUGAAACUGACAACUCUCGUGAGUUAAGCUGUUAUCAAAAACUGUAAAUGUGCAUGUUGUACAUAUGUGUGACACGUGCCCAUUUUCAUGUGCUGUUAACCUCGGAACCAUGAGUAAAUCUUAUUUGUUGCACUGC